AUGCACAUUUCCUCUCUCUCUCUCUCUCUCUCUCUCUCUCUCUCUCUCUCCCCAACAAAAACCUUCUUUGUUAUUAAGUAUCACACUACAUAAACAUCCUAAGCCUGUUUCCUAAUUCUCUCUGAUCUGCAAAACUGCAAAUUUUCUGUUCUAAUGAUGGAUAUUACAGCAAUAAAGUUGCUUGUUGAAGUUAUUUUUCUCGCUUGUUGUUAUGUUUUUGCUAUAAACAACAUUACCGGAGUCGAAGCGUUGCACAAUGUUUAUCCCGAGUUUCAGUCUCUUGCCGCCGUUAAGGUGAAGCAAGUCCACAGAACUGCGUUUCACUUUCAACCUCCCAGAAACUGGAUUAACGACCCCAAUGGACCUAUGUAUUUUGGUGGUCUCUACCACUUGUUCUAUCAGUACAAUCCUGAAGGGGCUGUGUGGGGAAACAUUGUUUGGGCCCAUUCAGUGUCCAAAGACCUCAUCAAUUGGGAAGCCCUGGAGCCAGCCAUAUACCCAUCCAAGCCCUUUGACGUAAAUGGGUGUUGGUCCGGAUCCGCCACUGUUCUCCCGGGUAACAAGCCCAUUAUACUAUACACCGGCAUCGACUCCCAAAACCGGCAAGUUCAAAACUAUGCUAUCCCGGAAAAUGCGUCGGACCCCUAUCUCCGUAAAUGGAUUAAGCCCGAUAACAACCCGCUCGUGAUUCCGGACGCAGGUAUCAACGCCACUGCGUUCCGAGACCCGACAACGGCUUGGUGGGGUAAUGGACAUUGGAAGAUGUUGGUGGGAGGCAAAAGGAAGCAUAGAGGAAUGGCCUAUUUGUAUAGGAGCAAGGAUUUUGUGCAUUGGGUGAAGGCCCAUCAUCCUCUCCACUCUGCUCCCCAAACGGGUAUGUGGGAGUGCCCCGAUUUUUACCCGGUUCCAUUGGUUGGAAAAUUAGGGUUGGACACAUCAAAAGUUGGUCGAGAUGUGAAACAUGUGUUGAAAGUGAGCCUUGAUGAGACUAGGUAUGAGUACUACACAGUUGGAACAUAUUUUCCUGAGAAAGAUAGGUAUGUUCCUGACAAAGAAUUGGUGGAUGGUUGGAGUGGAUUGAGAUAUGACUAUGGUAACUUUUAUGCAUCCAAAACUUUCUUUGAUCCUGCAAAGAAGAGGAGAAUUUUGUGGGCUUGGGCUAAUGAAUCUGAUACAGCUAGCAAUGAUGCUGCUAAGGGAUGGGCCGGAAUUCAGACAAUUCCAAGGGAUGUGUGGCUUAGUCCUGAUGGUAAACAAUUGCUACAAUGGCCUGUUGUAGAAUUAGAAACAUUACGAGGGAAAAAGGUGGGCAUCAACAAGCAAAUUCUCAAGCAGGGAGAUCAUGUUGAAGUCGAAGGAAUAACUGCUGCUCAGGCUGAUGUUGAAGUGAUUUUUUCACUUCCGAGUUUGGCCAAGGCUGAAGAAUUUAACCCUAGCUGGAGUAACCUUGAUGCCCAAACACUCUGUGGUAAAAAGGGUUCAAAAAUCCAAGGUGGAAUUGGUCCUUUUGGACUCUUGACAUUAGCUUCAAAAAACCUAGAGGAAUUCACUCCUGUCUUCUUUAGGGUUUUCAAAGCUAAAGGCAGACACGUGGUUCUCAUGUGCUCUGAUGCAACAAGUUCAUCUUUGCAGGACAACCUGUACAGACCAUCAUUUGCUGGCUUUGUAGAUGUAGAUUUAUCUCACUCUAAGAAGCUUUCCCUCAGGAGUUUGAUUGAUCAUUCUGUUGUUGAAAGUUACGGAGCUGGAGGGAAAACAUGCAUCACAUCUAGGGUUUACCCGACUCUAGCGGUAAACAACGGUGCUCACUUGUAUGUGUUCAACAAUGGGACUCAGCCUGUUACUGCGGAGAGUCUCAAUGCAUGGAGUAUGAAUGCUCCCACGAUGAACAAGCGGAUUUAGGGUGUAGAGAGAAGAGAAAAUGAUUAGAAUAUUGUAAUGAAGGAUGUAUCAGUCAUGAAGUUGCUGUCGCUGAUGCUUAAGGUUUUACUGGUACUUGUACACAUUUUAUCAUAAAAAAUAAUUUUAUAUUUAAUUAAGGUGCA